AUGGCAGCAGAAGACCAAGCAGAAGGCUCAAAAUUUGCAUUUGGGUUAUCAUUUGCAUCCUGUGGCGGUUGCGGCAUAUUGGGACCAAUUGGAUGGAACGAAGAUACUACACAAGCAACGACGGAUUUGUCCAAACAGGAAAAGGUCAAAAUGCCCGAGUCGAACGAUACCAUUACUGCAAAGAAAGAUGAGGUCGAACAGACAGAAGCAGAGGCACGCCGAAAGUUGGAUUUGAAGGAGCAAGCAGACCAGCAAGAGAGAAGAUUGAGGCGUCGAAUACGCGAACGGGUUUCAGAGAUCCUUUCUGUGUAUGUUGACACAUCGUCGAACAACCCUCUUCAUGAGAACCAAGUGCCCGUCGCUGUAACCAACGAAUGA